AUGUCCAUGGAACAACAAAUUGGCUGUGGUCUCAGCCAAGAUUCAUUCCAUGGAUUCCACAUGGAAUUGGUGAUGGAUUCCAUAUGGAUUAACCCAGGGAAGGGUAUGACAGAUGACGAGGUGAAGGACAAAGGCAAGGGAAGAGACAUGGCGAAUAUUGGAGAAGUGAGUGGGAGUGGGAGUGAGAGUGGUGAUCAGGAUGAGCUAAAGGGUCAGGAUGAUGGCGAAGAUGAGGGUGAAGAAGAUGGCGAAGAUGAGGGUGAAGAUGAGGGUGGCGAAGAUGGUGAAGAGGAGGGUGAGGAUGAGGGUGAAGAGGAGGGUGGAGAUGAUGAUGAAGUUGAGGGGGAGAAGGACAAGGAGUCAGGUGACGAUGUGGAAAAAGUUGAGGAGGAUGCAGGCAAAGUCAAAGAUGCAGGUGUUGAUCAAGAUGUUGAGAUGGUGGACGUCAACAAGGUUGGAACUGUGGCAAAGACAACUGUCUCUGUUGCAACUGCUGCAAUGGUAAACACCAUUGAAGUAACUACUUUAGAGGAAAUGGCUGUUACUCUUGAUGACCUUCAAGGUGCUAGCAAGACAAUUGGUGGAUUUGCACGUGGCAAUGCUGUUGGAAAUACCUAUGGCUUUGGUGAUGAACCCUUGGUCGAUCUGUCUGCAUUACAACAGAAAGGCAAGAUCAUGGUUUAUAUUUUGAGCAGUGACCCAUCUACUAUUGUGCCUACUGAAACCCCUCCAUCCUUUCAAAAAAUGCUGGCGAUCUGUCAUAUGUCUAAACCUCUCUUCAAUGCUCUUGGAAAAAAGUGGCCUACCAUCAAGAAUCCUGAAUACACCAUUUUUGUUCAUGACAUUGUCUGGACUCUUUUGGGCUCUUUUGAAGAGAUUACAUCAGUUGAGGGAGAUGAAGAGAUCACUUGGCACACAGAAAACAACAAGCCAAUCCUUCAGAUUCUUUUGAGCAACUUCACUUUACCAAGUCUCUCAUCUACUAUCGUUGUUGCCUCAGCUGCUAGUCCUGGUCUUCCUGUUGCUGCUGCUGCUACUACUAGCCAACUUGUUCCGGUCAUGGCUGGCCCGCCUCAGGGUGUUCGGGUUCACUUUACCCAAGAGCAGACUAUAAUGGCUGAUGCUCUUGAGAUUCCAGUGGCUUUGCGUCGUGCUGGUAAUGCACUUAAACUUCAGGAACAUUACACUCGCUAUCUUGCUCUUCUUGAGGCUGAGAAGAAAUUCAAGAAGAUGCAGAAGGAUGGAACUUGGCCUGCAGAGCUUAGACUGCCUGUCGGUAGAGAGAUUCCAAACCUCUUCAUCGGCAAAUCGACCUGGCAUGAUUAUUGGACCAAGAUUUUUCCUCACAUUGCAGAGUAUCCAGAAAUGGUAAAAUGGUUGAGUAAUGAUGAGGACAGUAUGGAGACUGAAGAGUUGUUUGGGGUGAAGAUGAAGGCGUAUCAUUUUGCAGAGUUGCUUGCAUGGGUGCAGAAUGGGGGAUCAUUGAUCAAGCCGAAGAAAGGUGCAGCAAAGGAGGCAUCUGCAGGCACAUCGAAGAAAUCGUCUACCUCGAAGAAGCCUGCCGGAUCUGCUAAGAAGGUGGCCACUUCCAAGAGUGGAAGUUCCAAGCGCAAGUAUUCUCAGUUAUCUCUGCUUUUGUGGAUGGCAUUCUUGAUUCCACAUGCCUUAGCAAGCCCACAGUCUGCUCCUUUCCCAGACAUAGGCUUUCAAGACUUUAGUGAAUUCAUUAUCAACAACUUUGGAGAUAAAAUAUCUCUGCCAACAGUUAUGAUGAUGUUGCUGUCAAUGACCAACAAUACAGAGCUUCUCUCUCUUCAUUUCAAACAAAGUCCUGGAUCUAAUGCAACAUCAUGGAUUAAAUGUCUAGCACGUGCAAUUAUUGAACAACUUGGCGACAAUGAUGCAGACACUCUAUUCUCAGAAAAUGAGCUAUCCAUGUUUAAAAAUGCAACUGCCAGAGAGAAUAAUGUUUCAUCAUUGGCUGUGAAACUUGUUGAAUUCUCACAUUUAUUGGGCCUUUACCCAUAUAACAAUAAACAAAAAUUCACUGAUCAUGAAUGUACAGCUUUGACAGCAGAUACUGAAGUUAUGCAACUAUAUCUGAACUCUGCAUUGUAUAUUAAAGUUGGCCAGAAGCUUUGGGUUGACUGCAAGUUUUCAACUUCAGUGAUAAAUGGAACAUAUCACCUUCAUGCAUCUACAUGUGGCUGGGCAAAUUAUUUCAAUGACACUUAUGGCAAUGACUGUAUCACACUGUCUUGCCGCCAGGUGUGGGCUGCUUUCAUGCAGGAAUCUAUCCGGCAAGCAUCUGAAAUAUCAGGGGUUAAUUUUGUCACUCGAGAUGUAUCAUCAAUAGAGGAAGUAACAGAAGAAGCUUUUGCAGCUUUUGGUUUAAUUCAACCAGCUAAAGGUCACAUGUGCUGA